GCGAGGUUUCCUAGGUACGAAUGCAUCGGUACCUCCUACCGGAAGUCGACUUAAAACUUCCUUUUAUUUCAGGACACGAACAGAAGAAGAGACUCAAAAUGGGAGCCUACAAGUACAUGCAGGAAAUCUACAGGAAGAAGCAGAGUGAUGUCAUGAGAUUUUUGCUUCGUAUCAGAUGCUGGCAAUACCGUCAGCUGUCCUCAAUCCAUCGUGCUCCAAGGCCAACUCGUCCAGACAAGGCACGUCGUCUUGGAUACAGAGCUAAACAAGGAUAUGUUAUAUACAGAGUUCGUGUCCGUAGAGGAGGUCGUAAACGUCCAGUACCCAAAGGAUGUACAUAUGGUAAACCCAAAACUCAUGGAAUCAAUCAACUGAAGUUCCAAAGAUCACACAGGUCUAUUGCUGAGGAACGUGUUGGUCGUAAAUGUGGAGCUCUCCGAGUAUUGAGUUCCUACUGGGUGGCUCAAGAUUCUUCCUACAAAUAUUAUGAGAUCAUUUUGGUAGAUCCAUUCCACAAGACCAUCAGGAGAGAUGCCAAGAUUAACUGGCUUUGCAAUCCUGUUCACAAGCACAGAGAAUUGAGAGGACUAACUUCAGCAGGAAAAUCCUCCCGUGGACUUGGAAAGGGACAUUGCUUUACCAAAACAAUUGGUGGAUCCCGUCGUGCUGCUUGGAAGCGCAACACUACUGUCAGUCUACGAAGGAAGCGUUAAACUUUCCUUCAAUUUUUUUUUUUUUCAUUUUUUUCUGCUUUUGGCGAUUUCUUGUUUCUGACAGAGAUUGCUGAGGCGUGGAUCACAAAAUGACUCAAUAAAAAAGGGAGUCUUGUUGUAAA